AUGGAGGCGAUGGUCAAGGGCCGACGUGAGAGACCCGACGCAUUUCCUAGGAUUAUCACAUGUCCUAGCGAGAUGGUUGCACUUUCUAUGGCGGAUGGAUAUGCUCGACUGUCCAACCGGCCUCAGUGCGUGAUUAUCCAUGUUGACGUGGGCACCCAGGCUAUGGGUCAAGCCAUCCAUAAUGCCUCAUGUGGACGAGCCCCUGUACUAAUCUUCGCUGGACUAUCUCCCUUUACAAUCGAAGGCGAAUUACGUGGCUCCCGCACUGAAUUUAUUCACUGGAUUCAAGACGUGCCGGACCAAACCCAGAUUGUCCGGCAAUACUGCCGUUACUCGGCGGAGAUCAAGACAGGUCAUAAUGUCAAGCAGAUGGUGAAUCGCGCACUACAGUUUGCGACGAGCGAGCCCCAAGGGCCAGUUUAUUUAUGUGGAGCCCGAGAGGUGAUGGAACAGGAGAUUGAGCCCUAUCGUCUGGAGCAGAAGUUCUGGUCUCCUGUUGAACCCACGGCUCUCCCGGCGCGAGCCCUUCCAACGAUUGCCUCCUUGCUUCUGAAUGCUCGGGAGCCCCUCUGUAUAACAGGAUAUAGCGGUCGUAACCAUGAUGCCGUUGGUAGCCUUGUCGCCCUUGCAGACGCGGUCAAGGGCAUGCGUGUUCUCGACACAGGGGCGAGUGACAUGAGCUUCCCGGCUGAUCAUCGUGCAUGGCUGAGCAGUCGAUAUGGUGUUCAUGAAACUAUUACCACAGCUGACGUAAUCUUGGUUCUUUCCUGUGAUGUCCCUUGGGUUAACACGCGAUGUAAGCCAUCCCAAUCCGCCCGGAUCAUUCAUGUCGAUGUGGACCCCCUUAAGCAACAAAUGCCAGUCUUCUACCUUAAUGCAGAGCAGCGGUAUAGGGCAGAUGCAGCUGUCGCAUGUCGUCAAAUUGUGGAUUACAUCCUGGGAGAUACAGACCUGUCGCAGCUCGCCCGAUCUUCUACAUUCGACAGGCGUUGGGCAGCACUUGGACAGUCUCACGCCCUAUUCCUGGAGUCUAUCCGGGAGCAAGCCCAGCCUAACCAAGACGGUUCUUUCGGAACGGCCUACCUUUGCAGCGUGAUUCGACAGCUAGCAGCAAAGGAUGCCAUUUUCGCAAUCGAGGCUGUGACGAAUACCUCGGUGGUUGCGGACCAGAUCCAAGCGAGUAUACCUGGUCAAUGGGUGAAUUGUGGCGGAGGAGGGCUGGGAUGGAGUACAGGCGGCGCUUUAGGGAUCAAGCUUGCGAGCGAUAUAAUGCAAGGUCCGGAACCAAAGAAAAUGGUAAUUCAAAUUGUCGGCGAUGGUUCAUUCAUGUUCAGCGCUCCCGGCAGUGCCUUCUGGAUUUCCAGCCGCUACAAGAUACCAAUAUUGACUGUCGUGCUAAACAAUGGAGGUUGGAAUGCGCCCCGAGUAUCGAUGGAGCUUGUCCACCCGGAUGGGCUUGGGUCGCAGGUUAGCAAUGACGAGCUCAACAUUGCAUUCUCCCCACCGCCAGACUAUGUUGGAAUUGCAAGGGCGGCUUCCAAUAACACGGUCUUUGCAGCCAAAGUAUCAGAAGCUUCGAGACUGAGAGAUGUACUCCAAGAAGCGAUAAGAGAGGUGCAAAAUGGAAACACUGCUGUCGUUGAUGCAGUUGUCAGGGAAGCAGUGCCCUAA